GGGAAGGACAGGCCCGGGCCGCAGCCGGGUCACCCGGCCGCAGCGCCGCGCGAAGAUGGCACCGAGCGUGAGCUAGUGGGCUCUGCUGAGAGGGAGGCUCCGCACACGGGCCCUGCACAUCACACGGCUUUCGGAAGAGGAGCAGGCUUGCGCCUUGGACGGACCUUUCCGGGCGUCCAGCCGAGAAUACGGGAUUCACGGCGGCCUCGCCAGGGCCGUAGCGCAGGGCUGACGGUGGACCAGUACGGGAUGCUCUACAAAGUGGCAGUGCCACCCGCCACCUUCUCCCCCACGGGCCUGCACCCCGUGGUGAACGUGAGCCCCCUGCCCCCUGCCUUCAAUGUGACCUCGCCAAUAAUCCAGCACCCGGGGGUGCCCUACCCUCCCAUCCACUAUGCGCAGAUCCCUCCGACGUCCCUACAGUUCAUCGGCUCGCAUUACACAGUGCCCUAUGCUGUCCCUCCUGGCUUCCUGCCUAGUCCUCUCUUGUCUCCUUCCACCAACCUCACCGCCUCUCAUGUCCCCCACUUUGUGCCAUAUGCCUCUCUCUUCACGGAAGAAGCCACUCCUUCUCCCCAGACUACCUCUCCUACCCACACCUUCAGCAAAUCUGCUUCUGCAAUCUCUCCUUCUGGCCAGAUGCAGCACCAUGCUGGGACCCAGCCGUUAGAUAUUGCACCAGGUAGAAUUCCCGUUUAUUAUCAGAUGUCCCGCCUCCCACCAGGGUAUUCAGCGUACGAGACACCUGCAGCAGGUGGAAGCCCUGAGUCUCCUCAGCAGGACAGUCAGCUGAGUUCAGAGGUAGCUGCUGCCAAUGGUGGACAGAGACAUCCGGAGUCUAACGUGGUGAGGAGGACCAGCGAGGCUGCGGACUCAGUCGGCAGUAAAGGUGAAGACUGUCUGCCAGGGGCCUCAGCGGGAUGUGUGGUCGAUGGACAGUUCCUUUCAGGUUACCAGACGUUGGGAACAGAGGUCUCUGUGCCAGCUCACAGAAGCACCCCCGACACUGAUCUGGAGGUUCAGAGGGUAGUGGGGGUGUUGGCGUCUCAGGAUUAUCAUAUUCUGGCAGCCCAGAGGAAAGAUGACCCGAGCCCUUUAAACCUUUGCCAUAAUGUCCCUGAUCAGCAGGGGGAGGCAAAGGACACGCUGAGGAACGCGGUGGAAACGGCUGCUGCUGAGAAGAGCCAGUCCAGGAGUCCGUAUGUCACGUCCCCUGAAGAGCCGGUUAGACAAAGACAGUUAACCAAAGGAAUGGUGAUAGCCAACGGCAAGCCAGUCCUGGUGCCCGCUGGAGCGGAGCCCGCCAGGUCUUCUGCUUCAGAAACCCUGGUGAGGCGGAGCCCGGAUGCACAGGCUCAAGGAAACAUGCUUGAAAAGGACCUGGCCCAGCUGCAGCCACCCAGCUCCUCACAUUUGCCCUCUCACUUCAUGAAAGGAGCCAUCAUCCAGCUGGCUACAGGGGAGCUGAAGCGGGUCGAGGACCUGCAGACUCAAGACUUUGUUCGCAGUGCAGAGGUGAGCGGGGGCCUGAAGAUCGACUCCAGCACCGUGGUGGAUAUUCAGGAAAGCCAGUGGCCUGGGCUUGUCACGCUGCAUUUUGUGGUUGGGGAGCAACAAAGUAAAGCUGUCCUAGGGCCUGACACUUUGCAGAAGCUGCUAAGAUGGCUACGAAUGCACGUUCUGUACAGAGUUUGGCCCAGGGUGUGUUCAGUGUAUGGCUUAAAAUGCUGGUGGCCAAGGCCCUUCCAUGCUCUUCACAUCGGGGGGGGGGGGCAGGACUCGCCCCUGGUCCUGCUGGGCCGCUGCCGCCCCGCAGAUGCACCCACGCACGUUCUUGUUUCCCGCUUUGAUGGCACCUUAGGGCCAGGGGAGAGGAGCAGAGCGUGGCACUGGGGAAGCGUCUGGGCUGCCCUGAGGCAAGGAGGUCUUUGUAGAUAAGUGCUGAUCCCUCAACUAUAACCCCAGUUAUGUAAUGGCUGUAUUAACAUGUAACCGACCGCAUUGUAUCUAAAGCCUUAGAACUAGUCAGGUGCUCCCCCCCAACCCUCUUCCUGCCCCUUUCCUCCUACCUGAUCUUUAACAAAGCAUUAAUAAUUCUAAGGAUAAUCUCUAUUUUGUUGUGCUUUUUUUGUAACUGUUUUAAAUAAAUCAAUUUGUACUGUAUAUUUGUACUUUUGGUGAGAUCCUUUUUCCUGUUUUACCAUUUUAAGUCUGUACUUGGCUACACACAGAUUGUAUUUUUAUUGUUAAUGCUCUUAUGAAUAUUGCAUUUAACUUGUUGACUCUGUAAACACAGUAUAUAUCUAUAUAUAUAUAUCUAUAUAUAAACCAAUAGCUUUUC